GACUGGCCGGGCUCAUCAGGUGACACCACAGAAAGUUGGAUGAAGUUUCGCUGAACUGAAGGCUCCGAUCAGUGUUGAUGUUUUCACGACUCUGUCGGACUGAGAGACGUCCGGACACUUCACAGAGACUGAACUCUGCUCGGUGAGCUCUGCCACAAACCGAGAUGAACGAGGACGCGGAGGAGGCGCAGCUGCCUGAGAAGUUGCUGGAGGCUGAGGAGCAGGAGUUGCAGCAACAGGAGGGAGAACAUGAGAUGGAAGAUGAAGUGAAGGACCAGGAGGGAGAGGGAGAGAAGGAGCAGGAGGAGGUCCAUCUGCUGGAGGAAGACCUGGAGGAAGAGAAAGUGCAGCAACAGGAUGGAGAUACUGAAGAUGUGUAUGGGCAGGAGGAAGAGCUAGAACAAGAGGAGGUUGCAGCGCAUGAGUGGGAAAUACAAGAGAAGGUGGAGGAGGUUCUGAAGCAGCAGGAGGACGAGCUGUCUGAGCAGAUGCUAAAGCCAGAAGGGGAACAGGGCCAUCAAGAGGAGCAGGUACAGGAAGAAGAGAAGGAGGAGGAGGAGGUAGAGAUCAAAGAGGUGCAGGAAAGUGAGCUACAGCACCUUGAAAAGGAGGAGGAGGAAGAGACUGAGGAGAUGCAACAAGAAAAGGAGGUGCAGCAAAGUGAGGUGUUACAACAAAAGGAGGAGGAGGUAAAGCAGACUGAGGAGCUGCAGCAACAGCAGCAACCUCGAGAGCAGGAGGAGGAGGAGGAGGAGCAGGAGGAGGUGCAGCGUGAGGAGAUGUCACGGACUGAGGAAGAGCAGAAGGAGCAACAGCAGUCUGAGGAGGUGCAGGACUUUGGGGACGCUCUGGAGCAGAAUCACAACAACCAGGUCCUGAUCCGGCUCAGAGGAAUGCAGAAAUAUAAAAGUACAUCGCAAAGGCUGAAGGCGGUCUUGGAGCAGAUGGACCGUGGUAUGGUGGACCUGCAGGAACUCCGGAGGCACUUGGAGCUUGCAGCUGCCAUGCUGGAUGCUGUUUACACUGAUGAGACCAGGCGCCUGCUGGACACUGAAGAUGAGCUCAGUGACUUGCAGGCAGAGUCGGUGCCAAGCGAGGUGCGUGACUGGCUGGCGUGCACCUUCAGCAGGAAGAUGGGUGUGGCCAAGCGUCGCCCUGAAGAGAAGCCAAGAUUCAGGAGCAUUGUUCAUGCAGUGCAGGCUGGGAUAUUUGUAGAGAGGAUGUACAGACGGACGUCCAACAUGGCUGGUCUGACCUAUCCUCCCACAGCUUUGACAGCUCUGAAGGAGGUGGAUCAGUGGUCCUUUGAUGUCUUUGCCUUCCACGAGGCCACAGGAGAGCACGCCCUCAAGUUCCUAGUCUACGACCUUCUGACCCGCUAUGACCUCAUCAACAGGUUCAGGAUUCCUGUGCAGGCUCUGGUGCAGUUUGUUGAAGCGCUUGAGAACGGUUACAGCAAACACAGGAACCCCUACCACAACCUUAUUCAUGCCGCUGAUGUCACUCAGACUGCCCACUUUCUGAUGCUACACACUGGACUGAUGCACUGGCUGAGCGAGUUGGAAAUUCUUGCAAUGGUUUUUGCCGCAGCAAUUCACGACUUUGAACACACAGGAACCACCAACAACUUCCACAUCCACACCAGGUCGGAAGUGGCCAUUCUGUACAAUGACAGGUCAGUGCUGGAGAACUAUCAUGUCAGCGCUGCCUACAGGCUGAUGGCUGAAGAAGACAUGAAUAUCCUGGUCAACCUGAACAAAGAUGACUGGAGGGAGCUGAGGUCUCUGGUGAUAGAGAUGGUGAUGUCAACAGACAUGUCCUGUCAUUUCCAGCAGAUCAAGACCAUGAGGAAUGCCCUAACACAGACACACAGUAUAGACAAAGUGAAGGUUUUGUCUCUGAUGCUUCAUGCUGCAGACAUCAGCCAUCCAGCCAAAGCAUGGCCACUGCACUACCGCUGGACCCACAGUCUGAUGGAGGAAUUUUUUAGACAGGGAGAUAAAGAGGUUGAACUUGGGCUCCCCUUUUCUCCUCUCUGUGACCGUAAAGCUACGAUGAUUGCCCAGUCUCAGAUAGGUUUCAUAGACUUCAUUGUGGAGCCAACCUUCAGUGUACUGAUUGACACGACAGAGAAAGUGAUUGGUCCUCUAAUAGAGGAGGACAGGAAGGCCAGAGAGACUGGAAACAGGAGAUCCAGUCUAACAGGAAGCGGUUCAGUUACCGUGGAGUCAGUGCAGAGACACAGUAGUGUUCGCCAUGGGAACAGUGAUGAUGGACAGAUGGACUUUUCCCUGACAGCCAUUGAUCUGCUGGCACUGAAGCUGCACCUCUCUGGUGUCAUUACCAGCAACAAGGACAGAUGGAAAGAACUAUCUGUGCACGAGCUAGCCAGCAAGGCGCAAGAAGAAAAAGAAAGUGUGGACCUCCAAUCACAUGCCUCAACCAGCCAUCGUACUCCUGAUGGACCCGCUGCCGAUCAGCCACAGAACUCUGACUGCUCACCUCCUGGUGAAUCUCAUGACAAGUCACCAGACCAAAUGUUGAAUGGGGAGGCCCCAGAGGAGGAGAAAGAGGAAGAUGAAGUGCCUGAAAACGCCUGACUGCCCUCUGCCAAACGUACCACUGUAUUUGACUGUGGCAGACGACCCUGGCAACAGGGCGUUGCCGUGCAGAGUUCACACUCUCUGUUUAAACACAGCAGCUGACUAAGUGGUCCUUCAGUGACUGAAAAGGGCCACUAGACCUUUGUUUUUUUGGGGAUUUUUUUUUACAACUGACCAUGAAAAUAUCACAUUCAGAGUGAAAAGAUUCAUUAGAUAACAGCUUCUUAGCAGCUUCAUGGCCCAUUAACAGUGGUGAAAAUGUGUUGUGAUUUUAUUAGAGAUUCAGAGGAAUGCUGUCUGUGAAAUAGAUGUCAUCAUUUAAAUAAAAACAGAGGCAGGCAGGUCAAAACCAAAGAGUGUGGAGCGGCUUAAAAACCCUAUUCAGGGAGUUGGGAGACUGAAUGU